AUGUUAGGCUAUCAUACUCUGCCCUGGUGUCGCUACGGUCGAACCACGAGUAUCUCACACUAUGAAGGGCCUUCAGCAGCUGAGUCAACUAAGAUAUUAUCGCCACCAUCGGCGACUAUCAGUUGCCUUUCUCACUCGACGAUCAGCCUGAUUCCAACCAAGUCACGGGCCAUGACAAGCACUUCAGCAGCCGACGAUAUCCUCAACGCAUUUCUGCAGGACAUGAGUGCGCUCGAGCACGACAACCAGGCGAACAUCACGGCGCCUUUCCCUGACACAGCAACGCGGACAUCGAUCGACUCAACCGAGUUGGGCUCAAAGACGACGACGACGACGACGACGACGACGACGACGACGAAGAAGAAGAAGAAGAAGAAGAUGAAGAAGAAGAAGCGGUUGAAUCCGUCGUGGAUCAAGCGGAAGCGGGAGCUGGAAAGUUUACGCUCAGAAGCCGAGGCACUUGAGACUCGAAAGGAGUUUUUACUCUCGAAAUUGCCGCGAAUUAGUACACCGGAGACUGAAAAGCGCCUGUAUGAAGAAGAGAAGCGGAAGUGUGAGGCUGCGCAUGACGAGAACAAUCGAUUGGAGAAGCAGCUGACAAAGGCCGCGCUAGUUACCGACCAAUUCCGGCCCUUAGGUCUACAUAUUGCGGCCCCAAGAGCUGUUUCAACUGAAAAAAGAGCAGGAGAUCGACUACGAGUUGCGAGUUCAAGCCUGUUCGAUGUGCUUGAAGCGCCCGGUUCCGAGAGCUAUACGGCUUUUGUCCAGGGCUAUGGCGGUAAUUUGAGUGCAGGAGCGGUGGAGUUCAAGCGCACGCAGCUGCUUCCGUUCGCAGAGGACGCGAUUUCGUCCAUGGUCUGGUCAUUUGUCGAGUUCGGAGGCUUCCCCAACGACCACGAGCUGCACGUGACCAAGCGCUCGGAGAACUCGUGUGCAAUUGAUUCGAAGACAAUUCUGCGGCUCGAAGGCGGUGGUCUUGCCGUUAACGUUGAAAGUUCGACUUCGUCGGUCCAUACGAUAGAAGGGCGCACGUGCUUCGUCAUAAGGAACUACACAAGCGAAGUGUCCGAGAUUCAAGCGGAGGUGACCCUAUAUCCCGAUGCUUCUCCAAGAAAUGGACAGCGCCAGCUACCCGCCGAGGCCCGAAAAAUACAUGCCAUCAUUAUUCCGAAAAUUCACGAAAUGAUGGAGUCCCGCCGCCAGUUCGUUGAGAACGCUCUGUUCGAUUGCAUCCGCGAUCACAACGCUACCCGGGUGUGA